GCGCGGCUAGACCCCAGGCUAGAGCAGCGGGGCUGUCUAACGCCCAGGUUCGUCUGUCACUGCGCUUGCGCCGGAGGCCUCUGUGCUAGCAAAGCGGAGCGGACUUGUUGGCCGGUUCAUUUGUCAGUGCGCCUGCGUGCGGCACGGGUGCCGCGGUUCUUGACUGCAGCGCCAGCCAUUGGGUGUAGCCAUGCAGAGAUCCGACUCUGAGCAACCCUCUAAGCGGCCCCGAUGCGAUGGCAGCCCAAGAACUCCACCAAACACUCCCGCAGGGACGGACAGGCCCCCAGUCUUGGAACUCCAUCCCGACCACCGGACGUGGGGCCCGGAGCAGGUGUGCUCCUACUUGGAGCAUUGUGGCUUCUCAAAACCGGGACUGCUGAAAAACUUCCGAGAUAAUAAAAUCACAGGUUUAUUACUGCCCUUUCUCGAUGAGUCUCUUCUUGAAAACCUUGGAGUAAGUUCCUUGGGGGAGAGGAAGAAACUGCUUAAUUAUAUCCAACGAUUGAGUCAAACUCACAUUGAGACAAUGAAGGUAAUUAAUGAUCCUAUCCAUGGCCAUAUUGAGCUGCACCCUCUUCUUAUGCGAAUCAUUGACACACCUCAAUUUCAGCGGCUUCGAUAUAUUAAACAGUUGGGAGGCGGCUACUAUGUUUUUCCAGGAGCUUCACACAAUCGAUUUGAGCAUAGUCUAGGGGUAGGGUAUCUAGCAGGAUGUCUAGUACGUGAACUGUGUGAAAAACAACCAGAACUGCAGAUAAGUGAGCGAGAUGUGCUCUGUGUUCAGAUUGCCGGGCUUUGUCAUGAUCUUGGUCAUGGGCCAUUUUCUCAUAUGUUUGAUGGAAGAUUUAUCCCACUCGCUCGACCAGAGGUGAAAUGGACGCAUGAACAGGGGUCAGUUCAGAUGUUUGAGUAUUUAGUUAAUUCUAACGGUCUCAGAGCUAUCAUGGAACGCUAUGGUCUAAUCCCUGAGGAAGAUAUUUGUUUUAUCAAGGAACAAAUUGCAGGACCACUUGAAUCACCGGUCAAAGAUUUUUCGUGGCCAUAUAAAGGACGUCCUAAAGAGAAAAGCUUCCUUUAUGAGAUAGUGGCUAAUAAAAGAAAUGGCAUUGAUGUAGAUAAGUGGGAUUAUUUUGCCAGGGACUGCCAUCAUCUUGGAAUCCAAAAUAAUUUUGAUUACAAGCGCUUUCUUAAGUUUGCCCGUGUCUGUGAAGUGGAUAAUAGGAAGCAUAUUUGCACUAGAGAAAAGGAGGUUGGCAAUCUGUAUGACAUGUUCCACACACGCAACUGUUUACACCGCAGAGCUUAUCAACAUAAAGUCGGUAACAUCAUUGAUACAAUGAUUACAGAUGCUUUCCUCAAAGCAGACCCCUACAUAGAGAUUAUAGGUGCUGAAGGGAAAAAAUAUCACAUUUCUACAGCAAUUGAUGACAUGGAAGCCUUCACCAAGCUGACAGAUAACAUUUUUCUGGAGAUUUUACACUCUACUGAUCCCAAAUUGGAUGCUGCACGAGAAGUUUUAAAAAAUGUUGAAUACCGUAAUCUGUACAAAUAUGUGGGUGAGACCCAGCCUGGGAAACGAAAGAUUAGAAAGGAAGAUUACGAACACCUUCCAAAAGAGGUUGCUGACUCUAAACCUAAGGAUAUGGUCCUGGAGGCUGAAAUGAAGGCUGAAGAUUUCAUAGUGGAUGUCAUCAACAUGGAUUACGGAAUGGAAGACAAGAAUCCAAUUGAUCAUGUUCGCUUCUAUUGUAAAAGUGACCCUCGCCGAGCAAUCAUGAUUACUAGAAAUCAGGUCUCACAGCUUCUGCCAGAGAGAUUUGCAGAGCAGCUUAUUCGUGUAUAUUGUAAGAAGAAGGAUGGAAAGAGUUUGUUUGCUGCAAAACAGCACUUCGUUCAAUGGUGUGCAGCCAAUGACUUCACAAAGCCACAGGAUGGUGAUAUUGUGGCCCCCCUUAUAACACCUCGAAAACCAGAGUGGAAUUACAGUCCAGCUCACCCCCCAGAAGCAUCCAGAUCCAGAGUCCAGCUGUUUAAGGAUGAUUCCACAGUGCAUAAGGAUGAGUCCAUGUUGCUUGAGGACGACUUGAUGUGAAUGAUUGCAAUUGGUUGUUUACAAAAGGCCCUCUUCUAGCACAAGUUGGGGGAUUUAAUCAUAGAGUUCCAUAAACUUAGUAACUAGUGUUUUUUAUUUUGUAUCAUCCUGAAGGAAAGUAAUUCUUACUCAAAAAAACAAAAAAGUAUUAGGCAAAUCUUGUUACACAUAUUAUGAAAAGAAUUACUUUGCCUAUUUUUAACAUUACUAACCUUUCUCCUUUAGUAGUCUAUUUUCUUAGAAUAACAACUUUUUUAAAUCUAAUCUCUUAUGACCGAUGAUUUUUUUUUUUUAAUUUAGAAAUGAGGCAAAGGUACAAAUUUGAAGUUGAAAUUGUCAUGAACAGACAUAGUUAAAAAGAAAACAAAUCCUAGCCCCUAAAGAGGUGCCCAUCACCCCAAGUUUGAGGCUAGUGCUCCUCACAUGAUCAAAGGAAGGACGCCUCCCCUCACUCUCCCAGCCCCCAUAAGCUGCCAGGUUGGGGCAAACAGUAGGAAGUGAGGAGGACUAGGCUCUACCUCUUUGGUGAGAGGACCUGAGGAUUCAGACCUCUUUAUUUUUUUUUUGGUGCUGAGGAUGGAACCCAAGGCCUCAUGCAUGUUGGGCCAGUGCUCUACCACUGAACUGAGCCACAUCCCCAGUGCAGGCCUCCUUUUAACUAGAGCAUAAAGCUCCCUUUUAGGAGACCACAGAAGCAGACCAGGCUGCUGUCUGAGUCAGUUGUGAUCCCAGACAAUUUCUCUUUCCUGAGUCCUCACUGCCCCAGCUCAAGGGCCUCACCUCUCCCCAGCCUAGAAUGGACUGCCCACCCCCUGCCUGCUCACUGAGUCUGUCCAGGGAAUGCCUUGGGACAUCACAAGGACUGUCCUUGGGAUCACUCUCACCUGGGCCUGUUUUCACUGGUGUGCAUUUUAUGGGUUUCAAAGCAGACUGGAUUGCACUGCCUUUGUUGAGGUUCAGGACUACCCAGUGGGUCCCAGGUUUCCCUUUGUAACUUGAUUUUCCCAGCCAUGGCGUAGGUACCACCCUGGCUGAGCAGGGAGCUGUGCCCAGGGAACCUGCCCCAUACUCCCCAAGGUGUAGAAAUUCAACAACAGUAAGGUCCGGAGUUGGAGCCAAAGAGGGUGGUGACCAGAGGGUGCUGGAGAUGCAAGGCAGUGGGGACAGAGGCCAUGAGCCCCUAACUUAUUACACACUGAUGUCCUCUUGACACUCCCCAAGGUAGUGACAGCAGAUUACCAAAGUGUCACUUUGCACUGUGUAACUAGACUCUGUUCUGUCCUCUCUCAGUGAAGCGUCUGGAGUCUGCUGUCCUGUGUUAUCGUGGCCUCCAUCCCUCAGUAGAGAAUCAGGGCAACUGUCUUUCCUAGGUGCAUAGAUAGAACCGUCCUCUCUCCCCAUGCUGUGCGGGUUGGGGGAUGGACACUCAUUGAUGCACAAGUGAGGCUCCAGCCUGUGUCUGCCGAGCCAGGCACCUCUAAUACAUCAGGGGAGGCAACUGUAGGCCUCAACUUCAUGUGCCCAGACUCAAGUUCAAGAAUGUGAUACUUUCUUAAAAUUGUUUUCUUUUUGCCAACUUGAUUUUAAAGUCAUUUGUGGUUUUACUCUGGAAUUUUGUAGUCCUAUACUGUAUCAUUGUGUUAUCCGAAAAACAAAUCUGUUUUGUUCACAUCUUUUGUUCCUUAUAAGACUGCACUUUAUGCUGUUUGCAGCUGUUUUAAUUACCAGAGCCAUGUGCCAUUUACAAGUCUAAAUUUUUCUUAAGAAACAUCGUAAGUCUGUAUAAAAAGGGAGAUUUUAACAGCUUAGUCUCUAGAGUUACUGAAUAUUGUCACUUUAAGAAUGCAAAUAGAACUUCAGCUUGAAGGGAUCGGUUACUUAACUGGUGUGGAAAACAGCUGCAAUAAAGUUAUGUGAAUGUGUGUCCAUCCUGAA